AUGGACUCUUUUCUUAUUUUUGAUGGCUUCGAGCGCAAGUUUUACAUAGUCGAUUCAUUUGAGCAAUUGACUAAUUUGUUUCCUUCGCUUGCAGGAGAUCCCUUAGUAAAAAAAUUUCUUUCCGAUAUUCACGACAUUAAUUUAGAAAAAUCAGUGACAACAUUUAUUACGAACCUUAAUGAAGUUUUAAAAUGCUUGGGAAAAGGCGCAAUACAAAUUAAGCAAUCCAUAUGCGAUAUAUACGAUGAAAGCAUUCAACUAUUUAUUAAAAUGUUUAAUAAAUUACUUGAAUGCAAAGAGUUUUUAAAAGAGGCAUAUCACCUUUCAUUGUCAAUUUUGGCUCUUACUUUUACUUUCAGCUCAUUGAACGAUGCUUAUACGCAAUUUAUGCGAGAUGAUGGCGAUCGUAUUCCUUUGGACGACAAUCAAAAACAAAAGUUUAAGGAUUGUCUUGAGCGUUUACAAAUCAUUUUAGAAGAUAUCUGCAAUAAUUUGAGUAACAUCUGCCAAAAUUCGCGUGACAAUACAAUUUAUGUCGAAUUUAAGAAUAAUCUUGAUAUUCUCCAAAAUCGCCUAGAAGAUUUUACGAAAUCUGUGGAUUCAAUAAUCAUUGACUUAAAACCCAAAAUUCAAAAAUUUCAGAGAGAGAAAAAAUAUAGAUGGUUUAAAGCUGGCGCAUCAACAGUUAUCACUAUUGCCUCAUUUGCUGUAGGUGGUCCAUUAUUGAGGGUUGUUGGUGGAGCAUCUGGAGGAUACGCAAUUUAUAAUGGCAUUAAAAUAUAUAAACUUCAUAACAUCAUUAACGAACAUGAACAAGUUCGAGAUGUUAUCAAUGACACACAAAAAUUCUUAGAAGGAACACGUGAUUAUAUAGAUAUUAUUGACCCGGACGAUUUAGAAGAUCAAUCACAACCACCGAUUAUUCUCGACCAAUUUACACACCUCCGUAAUGAAGUUAAGAAAAUGAGAAGCACAUUACCUUCUAUUUUUCAAUGA